AUGGAAAGAGACUUUUAUCACGGGUUCGGAGGUGGUAACGAGCAGGGGGGGUUCAGAAAGCCAUUCAUGAGGAGAAAUGUUACGGACUAUGGUUCCUCGAUGGUACAAUGGAUGCGAUAUCGCGAACAAAGAUAUAGGGGAGGGACGCGCCUCGAGACCGAGCGGCCCUUCGCUAGUCACGUAGUCGACAUGCUACCACCUGGUGCUCGAAACCAGACUGCAGCGGACGCGAUACCGCCAAAGAUGCUUCAUUCCUCCUUGAACAAGAUCAAGCACCCUAUUAACAUCGUCAAAUGGACACCAGAGGGCCGAAGACUGCUGACGGGGUCCAGCAGCGGCGAGUUCACUUUAUGGAAUGGAAUGGCGUUCAACUUUGAGACGAUCCUACAGGCUCAUGACUCGGCCAUCAGAGCAGCUGUCUAUUCUCACAAUGAAGAUUGGCUGAUCUCGGCAGAUCAGGAUGGCGUUGUAAAGUACUGGCAAACUAAUUUCAAUAAUGUCAAAGUCAUGCAAGCCCAUCUUGAAGCCAUUCGUGACAUUGCCUUCUCUCCCAAUGACAGCAAGUUUGUAACAGCGUGCGAUGACCGUUCAUUAAACAUCUUCGAUUUUGCAGAGGGUGCUAAGGAAUCAUCGCUUUUGGGUCACAAUUGGGAUGUCAAGGCCGUGGAUUGGCACCCUACCAAAGGUCUUCUGGUCUCGGGAUCCAAGGAUCAUCAGGUCAAAUUGUGGGAUCCGAGAACUGGCAGAUGCUUGACAACGUUGCACGGACACAAGAAUACCAUAGCCAGGACAAAAUUCGAACCAACUAGAGGUCAACUACUGGCGACUUGUGCUCGGGACCAGACUGCUCGGGUCUUUGAUUUGCGUAUGAUGCGAGACAUUUGUCUGCUGAAGGGAAACGAGAAGGACAUCUCAACGCUUGCUUGGCAUCCAACCCACGCUUCGCUUCUAUCAACGGGCGGAGCAGACGGCAGUAUCUAUCAUUAUCUUCUCGAUGAGCCUAAUGCGCCUACAGGCACAGCGACCUCAAUACCUCCAUAUGACAGUCUUGAUCCAUCCAACGCGCCAGCUCAGACAAUUUAUCCUGCUCACAAAGUCCAAUAUGCGCAUGACUUUUCAGUAUGGUCCCUCGACUGGCAUCCACUUGGUCACAUUUUGGCCUCGGGUUCCAAUGACCGGGUCACUCGAUUUUGGACAAGAGCAAGACCUGGUGAGACUGACUGCUUCAAUGAUAGAUAUCACCUUGGAGAGGAUGAAGCAGCGAAACGGGGCACAUGGGACAAGCGCGGCGGACGGAAGAUGAUGCACGAGAUUGAGCAGCAGGAACUGGAAGAUGAGGCAGAGGGACUCGAGGAUCAGCAAAUGCCCGUCAAACAAUCAGGUCUACCGGGCUUACCAGGUCUAUCUAUGGCUAUCAAUGGUGAAGGCAAUGGUAUGAGGAAUGGAAAUCCUCAACCACAUAUACGUGGAGGGGCAGGAAUGCCUCCGCCCAUAUCUGAUGAACCUAACGCAAUCGCAUCAAUGGACCCAGAACGCUUCAAAGCGCUUAUGGCUAGCGGUGGUAUCCUGCCUCCUCCCCCACUCGUCAACGGGCAGAAUCCAGGUCUCCCCCCACCACCCUUUCCGAACUUCGAUCCAUCCAAGUUUCCUCCUGGCAUGUUCCCACCUCCGCCACCACAAAUGUAUCCAACUCCAGCAGGUACUCUGCCUCCACCCCCGGGCAACCCUGGUGUCAUGAACGUACCAGAGAUUGCAGGUGACAACGGAUCAACUGGUAGCUUGAGAAGAAGGGGCCCACUGCCUAGCCAACAAGAAAGUUUGAUGAUGGAGCAACAGAGGAAUCGGUUCAGGCCUGCAAGAUGA